ACGAUGAAUCACUAAACGUAUUUGUUUGUUUGUUAUAUGAUAUACUUGUCUAUGACAGUAUUUAACGAUUGUAACGCACAAAACAUUAAACAAUUAUCUCGAUACAUGGUGCGUAAUGUUGUACUAUAUGCACACACACACGAACAUCCAAUAUUUCUCGUAAACCAGAUAUACACAUUACACACGCACACGCGCGCGCGAUUAAUCGUUUUCCGCAUUUAAUAAUAUGUAUUUUUAUUGUUGUUGACGUAAAUAAUAUUGAACACGCACACACGAGCGGGCGGUCGGUACUCUGCAGCGUUAAUGGCGCACUCGACUCGAGUCGGUUCCGACGGCGUCAAUAAUGUUUUUUGACUUGAACUGCGGCGAUCGCUGCUCAUUGCAAAAGAAUCGAUUUCAAUAAUAUUUUUUAAUCAUUGACAACCGUCGCAGACACGCAGUGUGCCGUGCACCGGAGUUCGGAGAUCGUCCGCACGACUGUACCUGAACAAUAAUAAUUCCGACGGUUUAGCUACAAUAACAAAAGUGACGAUUUUUUGGAUUUUAUUUUACGUAUCCCUCCUCCCACCGUUGUUGUAAUUAUCAUCGCCGUUUUCAUGGGUGCCUUCCACUGCAAAUCGUGUCAGAACGGCGAGAAUGUGACGAACAUAUUCGGUCAGGAUAGCGGUGAACGAAGACGGUUUAUAUUUGGCAGGCGUCGUAGCCGCAGCGGUUCGGUCAGACAGACCGAUUCGCUUGUACUUCAGACAUUGAGCAUCAUCAAGAACUUGGGACUUAUUGAAAAUGGUACUGAAGCUCCAGAAGCAUUGCGAAAAUUACAUUGGGUUGCAGAUGAUGGUGAUGGUUGGAUUCAAGUAGUAUUGUCUAUGAUUCAUGUCAUUCCCCUUGAUGAUCCACUAAGUCCAGCUCUUAUAACUGUUAUUCUUGACGAUUGCCCUCUACCCGACAAAGACACUGUAAUGAAAUUAUCACAAAUGUUAGAUUUGUCAAAUAAAACUCCUAAACGUAAAACAGUUGACCAACAUCGUAACAUUUGUGUAAUAUUAGGUAUACUUGCUGACAAGUUACCUGGACCUUUAAGUAUUGCUUUAUUAACUAAAGAUACAUUGACUUAUUUAUUUAAUAACAUGGAUUUGCAAGUACAUCCAUCAAUUAUAUUAUUUUCAUUAAUUGCACUUGAAAAAUUCGCACAAAUAAGAGAGAACAGAUUUACAAUUGAAACUUUUAUGAAGACUGGACCUUUAGCAAUGUUGUCAAUAUUUGAAAGGUUGACAGGUUCUGAUCAACCAUUUUAUGCUCAAGUUGGGUUUUGUGCUGAAUGGCUACUAGAUAACAUAUUUGUGGAUGAUCAAAGAACAUCAUCAUAUUUAAAUAUUUCAAUGGAAGGUGUGAAUGCCAUAUUAAACCAAGAAGAUGCUAGCGAGUAUUUAAAACUGGGUCCUUCUGGUUUAGAAGCUAGAUGUGAUGCUUGUAGUUUUGAAAGUGUUCGUUGUACAUUCCAAAUUGACAAAGGCACUUGGUACUAUGAAGUUACAAUAUUAACAUCAGGUGUCAUGCAAAUUGGAUGGUCGACUAGAAAUUCAAAAUUUGUUAAUCAUGAAGGAUAUGGCAUAGGUGAUGAUGAAUAUUCAGUAGCCUACGAUGGCUGCAGACAACUAGUGUGGCAUGGUGCCCGUUGCACCAGUUGUGUGUCUGGAAGGCCAUGGCGAGAAGGAGACACAGUUGGUUGCUUAUUACAAGUGGAAAAACCAUCUCCAACUGCAACGUUUUACCUAAAUGGUCAAAUUGUUGCGUUUAAUGACAAAAUAUUUCAAUAUGCUAAGACAGAGUUUUUUGCUGCUGCAAGUUUUAUGACAUUCCAACAAAGUCGUUUUAACUUUGGUAGCAAACCAUUCAAAUAUCCACCGAAAGGUGUAAAGUUCAGUAUCAUGAAUGACCAUGGGAUAUUGGAUGAAAAAGAAAAAACAAUCUUACCAAAACAAAUGAGACUGGGGUUAUUAGGUUUGUUGGGCAAGCAGACAGCUGAUGAAGAUUCGUGUACAAUUUGUUUUGAUCAUAAAGCUGAUGUUAUGUUAUACCCCUGUAAACAUGAAGGUUAUUGUGAAAACUGUGCUCAGCAGCUAACACUUUGUCCAGUUUGUCGACAAUUAAUCGACAGGUUUCAGGUAAGCAUUCCUACAACAACAGCUACAGCAAUAGUCCUAGUCAGUUAGUCAUGAUGUGAUCUCUUCCAUUUUUUUUACAAAUUAUUAUAUACGGUUAUGUACAUUUAUAUAAGGUGGCACAACGCUUGUUUUCCUGUUUUCACUUAAUUUACAGUGACAUGGGAAAACAGUGGGUUACCCUGUAUACAUAUACAUAAAAUAUUCUUUUAUAUUGUAAGUCUUUAUAAACUUUGUGUAUAUUAAACAGAUAAAACGAUGUCUUAAAAAUUAAAUCCUUUCAAUUGAAUCAAUA